AUGGCCGGUGUGCAGGGUGGCGAGGGCGACGACGACGAGUUUUUCAAGAGCGUCUACGCCAAGGGCUACACAGCGCCCGCGCAGGCGCACGCGGCGGUCAAGGCGGAGAAGCGGAAGGGCGGGGACGAUGCGGAGGUCGGCAGGCAGCGCGAGGAUGCGGGGACGGACGUACCGACAGAUUUCGGUGGGAAGUACAGCAAGGCGUGGGAGGCGAAGGCGAAGGCGGCGGAGCGCAACUGGAAGAAGCGGCGCGAAGACGACCUCACAUGCAAGAUCUGCGGAGAGGCGGGGCACCCCACUCAGGGUUGCCCCACCACCCUCGGCGGGGGCGGAGGUGGAGGGUUUGGCGGGGAGGGGGGCGGGCGGGGGGGCGGCGGAAAGCGCCAUGCGCCGUCCGCGGCGCACCCGUUCGCAAUCAGCAUCGGGGUGGCGGACCGGCGCAUGCGGUCGCGGAUAAUCGGCACGGCGGGCAUGGUGGUGCAGGGCCUGGAGAAGCAGACCAACUGCCGCAUCCAGCUCGAAGACGAUCUCGCCGUCGGCGACGGCGCGUUUAUCGUUAAGAUUUCUGCGACCGAUCGCGACACGCUCGCGGCGGGGGAGAGCGUGGUGCGCGAGUAUAUUGAGCAGCUGCAAUUGGAUAGUUUGCGGAAGGGCGGCGGGAUACUGGGCGGGCCGGCGGCAGUGCAGAUGGCGCUGGCGGCGCUGGCGCACGACCCCGCGCAGCAGCAGCUGCAGCAGCAGCAGCGCAUGUGGGCGGCGGCGACGGCGGAGGCGGCGGGGGAGGCGGAGAUGGUGAUUGGGGGGGAGGCGGAGGACGCGACGCUGAGGCUGAUCGCGGCGCAGCUCGAGGCGCAGCGGCAGGCAAGCGGAGCGAUGGUGGGCGCAGCGGGGAUGGCGGCGGAUGGGGGGCCGCUGGUCGCAGUGAGGCCCAUGGGGGGGAUGGGCGCGGUUGGCCCCAUGGGGCCGAUGGGGGCGAUGGGACCAAUGGGACCGAUGCUGCCUGGGGGCGCCAUGGGCGCGUAUGGGGGACAGGUAGAAUCGAGUGGUAUGGGUGGUGCAGGUGAGUGCGUGCAUCCAAUUGCUUCUCUCCUUUCCCCGCCGUCCCGUUUCUGCGCUGCUCCGCUCAUCCCCCGCGCCCUCCCGUUGCCGCCCCGCCCGUACACCCAUCCCCUCCACCCGCCAGGCAUGCCGAUGCUGCAGCUGCCGCCGCAGGGCCCGCUGCCGUCGUCCGUGGAGGAGCUAGAGGCCGUGGUGGCGGCGGAGGCGAGCGCGCUGCAGCAGGCGCAGGCGCGCGAGGAGAAGGAGGAGACGGACCGCCACACUCUGCGCAUGGAGGAGAUCCGCGGGCGGUUCACAGCGCUGACCUCAAGCCUGUCGUCGCGGCAGGCACAGCAGCGCGCCCAGGUGUACCUCAAGCUCAGCCAGCAGCACCCCCACCAGUUCCAACCUCCCCCCGCCCAGCCCCGGCCCCCACUGCAGCCGCAGCUUCAGCCCCGCCCCCAGCAGCAACAGCCCCAGAAGCCACAGCAGCAGGCGCCAUCUCAAGCCCAUGGGCAGCCGCAAGGUCAGGUGCAACCCCAGGGUCAGGUGCAACCCCAGGGUCAGGUACAGGCUCAGGCGGUGCCACAGGGUCAGGGAGUGGGUCAGGGAGGAGGGGGGUACGGCUAUGAGGGCUAUGGGCAGCAGCAGACUGGCAACCAGGGUUGGCAGCAGUACCAGCAGCAGCCUCCGCCACAGGAGCAGCCGCAGCAGCAGCAGCAGCAGCAGCAGCAGCAGCAGCAGCAGCAGCAGCAGCAGCAGCAGCAGCAGCAGCAGCAGCAGCAGCAGCAGCAGCAGCAGCAGCAGCAGCAGCAGGGCGCACAGCACAGCUACGGAGGGCAGGGUGGAGCAAACGAGUACAGCCAGAACCCAGGUUAUGGCUACUUGGCCCCUACGUCCAACUCUUCUGCUGCUGCUCCCCCUGCUGGCAGUGCAUGGAUCCAGCCUGCACCCCAUCCCGAGGCUUAUGGCGGUGGGUACUCUGCUCCUGGUGCAGCACCAGCAGGGGGCGCUGCUCCUGGCUACAAUUAUCACCAGCAACAGCAACACCAGCACCAGCACCAGCAGCAGUACCCCCCCGGUGCCAACCCUUCGCCAGGUGCAGGGGCAGCUGGGGCAGGAGCGCCAGGUGCUGGGCAGUACCAGUCGUAUGAAGCAAACGGUUACCAGCAACCACCUGCCCCUGGUGCAGCCAAUGCAGGCUAUUAUUCUGGUUAUGGCAGCGGGCAGCAAGGUCCAAAUGCGGGGGCACCAGGUGCAGGACCUCCUCCAGGAGGUUAUUAUGGCGGUGACCCCGAAGUCUGGCAGAGAAGUCCCCCGGGGCUGGAACAGUCUCUGCUGGUCGUCCUUGCGAAAGGGUCCGCAUGGGGGAACAGCACCGCGGAGGAUGCUGUUGCAGGGAAGGAAGGGAAGCAGUGCGGGCUCUCUCUGCUCUACGCCUCGCUGUUCCUCUUCUUCCCUCCUCCCACUGGUCAGUGUCCCAAGUUCGUCUCAGUCUCGGGUGUGAUCAACGUGUCGUAUCUACUCAUAGCCACCGGGGUAGUGUACCUGGGGUUACUGGUAGUAGGCGGCGGGUCGGAGGCGCGGACGGAGUGGGACACGGGGAACAUCGACGCGGUGGAUCAGGACAUGUUUCGGCGAGCCAUGGAGCAGCCCACGCAGACGGAUCUCGCGGCCGUGCAGCCCAAGAUCGCGUUCCUCUUUCUCGUCAGAGGACCGCUUCCGCUCGAGCGAGUCUGGCAAAGAUUCUUCCAGGGCCACGAGGGGCGCUACUCCAUCUACAUCCACGCCUCCACCGCCGAUUACGAAUGCGACAAGCACGUCAACUCUUCCGUCUUUCGCGGCCGCCAAAUACCCAGCGUUCCUAUCACGUGGGGCGGUCCCAACCUCAUCCGCGCGGAGCGCCGGCUGCUCGCCGCGGCGCUUGCGGAUCCCGCCAACCAGCGCUUCGUUCUGCUGUCGGAGUCGUGUCUGCCGCUGUUCAACUUCACGCACGUCUUCGACUACCUCAUGGCCUCCGACAAGAGCUUCGUUACAAGCCACGCGAGCGUGUGGCGGUACCGCAAGGAGAUGGCGCCGGUCAUCAAGGGCCAGGACUUUAAAAAGGGAUCGCAGUGGUUCGCGCUGACGCGAGCGCAUGCAGCCAAGGUGGUGGAGGACAGCAAGUUCUACGAGACGUUCGUCAAAACCAACGCUGAGAUUCCCGACGAGAGCUACAUUCAAACCAUCCUUGCUAUGCUGGACCGGAAGGCGGUGGAGCCGCGCAGUGUGCUGUACGUGCACUGGUUCACGUCCUCGUCCAGCCACCCCAUGAGCUACAGCACGAGUCAAGUCACCAGGGAAUUCAUCCUCUCCUUGCAAGUACGUCCCCACCCCUCCAUCUCUUCACCUGCCUGCCAGUCCUUGACGAGUCCUGUCUGUGCCUUUUGGUUCUGUCUUGACCGUUUCAACUGA